AUGGGUCACUACAGGCGUGAGUGCCCCCAGCCCCAGAAAGAGAGGAAUGGGAGCUUUUGGAAUCAGAAAACUCAACAGCCCGGGCAGGCCAGCUUUGUGAAGCAGAACCCUGGAGGUCCAACACAGCAGCUGAACGGGCAGAAAGAGGGAAAGCAGCCCAUUGGAACCCAGCAAGGCACAGGAAGACCUUUAUUUGAUUCUGGAGCAUUGCAAUCGUUUAUAUCUACUGCUUGCGUAACUGCCCUAGCACUAGAAACGAAACCCCUUAGCAAAAGUACGGAAGUAGUAUCACCAAUGGGGGGGAGCAUAUCAGUUAAUCUAGUGUGUAGAGGGUGCGAGUUAGAAGUAGCCAACCUGCGCCUGACCUGCGAUCUCAGAGUGAUUGACAUGGUGGAUUUCGACGUAAUUCUAGGCAUGGACUGGCCAUCGGCUCACCGAGCAGUCAUAGACUGUCAUCAGAAGACAGUGACGGCCUACACUCCGGAGGGAACUCGUUUCCGUUUUAAGGGGGAUAGAGAAGCACGAGUUCGACAAUGA